UAUUCACGUUGUUAAAUUAUUGGUGCAUUGCGAUUUUCCUUGUCAAAACUUUGUCAAAAACAGCGUUGGUGAUAAUCGCUAUAACCUGAAAUACAUCCAGAUCAACUCGGUGUAUCUAAUAAUAUUACUGUAUUGUUUGAUUCCUGUCUCAAAGCCACACUAACUGGCUGAUGCUACAUUAGUUCCUAACAAACUGUAAAAUGUGAUUAAGAACCACACGUGGUCAGGUAGAUUAAUGUUAGCUAGCUAGUUUUGCAGUAACACGUUUAACGAAGUGUCGAUUGCUUACUGGAUGCAGUCUUGACAUGGGGCGAAAGAAACAACAACAAGGAAAACCCACGCGCCCGGAGUGCCGUGGUAAAGACAUGCGGCACAAAAUGAAAGGAAAAUCACUGGAGACAUUCACUGAGGAAAUGCACAGCGCCUUAGAAGCAAGUCUGCAAGCAGAUGGAGAAGAGGGAGUCCAGGUCAAGCUGCCCUGCUCCCUGGCAAUGUGGGAUCUGGGCCACUGUGAUCCCAAGCGCUGCACAGGCAGGAAACUGAUACGGAAGGGCCUCGUGCGUAACCUCAGACUCAACCAAAGAUUCAACGGCCUCAUUCUCAGCCCCAUGGGCACUAAAUACGUCUCUCCACAAGACCGGGAGAUUGUGACUCAGAAUGGACUGGCAGUGAUUGACUGCUCCUGGGCCAAGCUAGAUGAGACGCCCUUUAGUAAGAUGAGAGGGAGCCAUCCCCGCUUGCUGCCGUACCUAGUAGCAGCCAACCCUGUUAACUAUGGGAAGCCCUGCAAACUGUCCUGUGUGGAGGCCUUUGCUGCCACCUUCUGCAUUGUAGGUUUCCGGGACCUGGCUGUGAUCCUGCUGAGGAAGUUUAAGUGGGGCAAGGUGUUCCUGGAUCUGAACCAGAUCCUGCUGGAGCGCUAUGCUGCCUGUGAGACAGAGGAGGAGCUGCUGGCUGUGGAGAAGGAAUACCUCACCUCCAAACCAGAGGAGGAAGAGAUCGAUCCAUUUGAUGUGGACUCUGGUCGUGUGUGCUCAAAUCCCAACAGACCCACGGCUCCUCAAGAGGAAGAAGAUGAUGAGACUGACAGUGAGGAAGAGGAGACGUCUGGAGAAGAGGGCGACUCUGAUGAGGAGACCAAAAGAGAGAAACAAGAACAUGAAGAUGAUGAAGAGGGUGAGGAUGAGGAAGAGGAGGGUGAGGAAGAGGGGAGGACUGCAUCUGCAGACAUUGCCAAUAGAAUUUGGAAAGGAGCAAAGAAAAGAAUAAGGAACUGAUGUGCAUUUAUUUCACCAACAAAUACCAACAUUAUAUCUUGACUGGUAGAACAACAAGCCUGGGAAUGUUUAUCUGAUGUCUAAUCUGUGUUAUCUCUCCAGCUAAAACAGUACAAUUCAGUUAAAUUUAGAGUGCAGUUUUAACUGGAUAAAUUUGCUCCCUCAGCAACUUUGCAACUUCACUAAUAUGCUGUGAAGUCCUUUUGUGUUAUCAGACAAUGGAAAAAUACUUUUUGCGUGUAUUACCACUGAUUGACAUAAGGAGCAAAUGGCAAAGAUGAAAAUCUGCUUAGUAAAGAAGUUGUUAGGUUUAAACAAGAUUGAUGGAUACAUGUAGGUAUCAUAGGUACAGCAAUUAAAGUUGAACCCUUUGUGAAGUGAUUUCUAUAUCAUUCUAUAGAACACCGAAUAGCAAGCAUAUACUGUACAUACUGUAAUAUUAAACUUAAAAUAUUUUAACUUAAAAUAUUUAACAAAUAAAGUGAAAGCACAAAUCAACAGCUACUGCAUACAUAUCACUUACAGAUACAGUACACUCAGCUCUGUUGUUUUUCACUUCACAUGACAAUUUAAGGAUCUGAAAAUAUCGAAAUUUCUUCAAGUCGAGCAAGACACAAGCACUGCAAGGAAAAGAGAUGUUUUCAUCAGCAGUUCACUUUCUUUCUCCUCAACUGACAAGUAUGUGUUUGAGCAGCGAUAGUUUUAUUUCACAAAAGGUCAUUUAGCAUGAGUACUGUCUUUUCUAGAUUACUCUCCUAUCAUAUCUGUGGUAUCUAGGCAAGAACACUGAAACGAUGAACUGCACCAGUCUUAUUGUGUUUGGCCUCAGGAAAGAAGUAGUUACUGUCAAAAAACAUACAAGCGAAAUACGGCACCACAAUUGGCAUUUAUCAACAGGCUAAAAAUGAGUGUCCUGAACUUUCCACCAUUGAACCCACGAAAUGCAAAAUAAGUGUGUUCCUUUUAAAGUCGACCCGAUGAAAUAAAAAAGCGUUUGUCAGUUAACUAUGA